AUGGCUCCUCACACACUUGCCUUCUUGUUGCUGCUACCGGUUGCUCUGAUUGACGCGAGGCCGGCACAGCUGCUGGACGCAAACGUCACACACCAUCUGGACCGACGACAGUGUGUACCCAAGCCAGGCAGAAGACCAGGCAGUAACGAAUUCGAUUGCGACUUCCAACUUCCGUCCGCUGCACAAAUCGUUGAACACAUGAGAAACCCCGUGAAGGGCAAGGGUAUAGCCGACCGUUACGCUGUAUUUUAUUCGAACUUGGCCUACCCAGGCAAGUACGACCCAAGCCUAACUAAGUGGGUGGGAGGCUGGCUGCUCAAGAAAGGCAUGUAUGAAGACGGUCGCGAGCAGUUCUAUUGGGCCAUUGAUCCAGUCGAUCCAACUUGGUUGAAGGCACAAUCAAAGUACAUCGAUGAACAUAAGGAUGAAUUCCGUGCUGCAUAUCCAGACUCGUUCUUGAACACCAUCCCCAAAGGACAGAACGUUGACGGACCUGCCGCCAUGCUCAACGGUUGCUAUUUCCAGGCUCUUGGUGCUGCCGCGAUCAAUCCAGUCGCGUAUAUCUUCGCGCCCAAAGUUGCGCAGCCAUGGGACCCUCAGAGCGUCUGGGCAAGGGUCGAAUAUCCAGCACUCACAGCGAACAAGAACAUCAAGGAAGUCUACCUUAUCGAUCCUCAACCUCUGUGGUAUAAGAAGAAAAACAGGGAUCCAGACGCCGCAAAAGGUCCCGUCCAGCCACCUCCAUUCGAACGGCCAGAUCCAACCUGCGACAAACCAGAACUACCUGAUGAGCCAACGCUUCUCUGGAGUCGCGAGAGGGGGGAUCCGGAGAUUCCUUUUGCGUGGGGACCCUGUCCAGUUGGUACCGACAUUUGGCCUCUCAAAGAUCCCUCACAGCAGCAGCCGCCGCAAGAUGAGCCUGGCCAAAACGAGCCUCCGCAGAACGAAACUCCGCAAAAGCACCCGCCUCAGGAUUAG